ACAGAUGGGCCUUUGGAAGAGUGGCUCUAAGUAGUUCCGGCUCUCCUAGUGUUUUGGCCAUAAUUUUCUUCAGGUGUUUAUGUUGUAUUGCAAGGGGAAUUGAAACUGGAAGGUGCUCAGAGUCAGGGAUUUCGAGCUGCUUCUGGAAAGGAACUGCCUCAUUGCUGUUGGCCCGUUUGCAGGAGUUUGAGCUGCAGUAAGGCUAGGAAAGGUGACCUUAAGAGUUUCUGGAAAAACCCAGAGUCUUGUAAUCAAAUGCUGAUGUGCAAAUCCUAAGAAUAACAGGACACCUCCUGUACAGAAGCUGCUCAGAGAAGUAGAAAAAUAACAGGUGAUAGAAAAAUAAAGUUCAGGAACAGAAGUUCUCAUCUAAAAGAUUGGAGCAGAAAAUGACAAUAAACGUGCUGUUCUUGGAAAUUGGUAAUGACUGACGAAGGUUCUGUUCAGAAGCUGACGUUCAGCACGCCUUCAUAUCUGCAGAAAGGGAGAGAAAACUGUUAAUUGCUUGAUUGUUGAUCCCCUAACAUUUUGAGUUGGAGACAAACUCUGGAUACUGUGCUGCCAUCUGUAUGAAAAAUUAAGUAGCUUGUUAGAGCUUUCAAGGAAAACAUGAUGCAUCAUGAUCGCAUGUAUUCAUGUAAAUGUUCAAGGCCCCCUCAGCGGAGGAGAUGAGACCACACUGAGCUAAGAAGAGGCUUUGUGAUGUCUCCAGCCAGACAAGUUUCCACAAAGCACCGUUAUCAACAUUAUUGUAUCAGAAGAAUAUGACUUGAUGAGUCACCUACAACUCUUCUAUUGUCAAAGGGCACCUAAUCAAAGGGUAGUUGCAUCUAAUCAAGUAGUUUAGGAAACUGUUCUCAGAUUGUACCUUCAUUCUCCAAAACCUCUCUUCUUUGCCUGAUCCUUCCCUCCUGUGGCUGCAUUACCUGCAUCUAUCACUGACGGGAAACUACUGUAGAAGAGAGAAGUGUCCCAGAAAUGGGGAGAAGAGGCUAAGUUCUCCUCUCUGUGGAGAAUGGGAAGAAAUACAACUCUUACUCUCUGAACACUGCUGAACACUGCUCUUCAGGAAUGACUUCACAAAGAAGACAUGGAUCAGCAGUCCAGGCUGUCCCUCACACCUGCCACGGCCACUGUGUGGUUAACAACCAUUUUGCUUCACGUGACUUAUUUAGCUGAUCAGCACAUUUUUGCCUGGGCAGGCAGAGGAACUUGUGAAAGUGACACAGCUGUACUGUAAAAACGCCAGCCCACGGAAUUUGCUGCCAGAGGAACUUAACUGCCAGCUCUGUUAGACCCGAGAGGAGGACUGCCUGAGACAUGGAGCGAGAACCCAUGCGCAUACGGGAGGGCUACCUGGUUAAGAAGGGCAGCAUGUUUAAUACCUGGAAGCCGAUGUGGGUCGUGCUCUUAGAAGAUGGAAUUGAAUUCUACAAGCGAAAGGCUGACAACAGCCCCAAAGGGAUGAUCCCACUAAAAGGAAGCUCUCUUAACAGCCCAUGCCAAGACUUUGGCAAAAGAAUGUUUGUCUUCAAGCUCACUGCAGCCAAGCAGCAGGACCACUUUUUUCAAGCUGCCUACCUGGAAGAGAGAGAUGCCUGGGUACGGGAUAUCAAGAAAGCAAUUCAUUGCAUAGAUGGAGGUCAAAGAUUUGCCAGAAAAUCCACAAGGAAGUCUAUCAGACUGCCUGAAACAAUAAACCUGAGUGCGUUGUACCUCUCAAUGAAAGAUCCUGAAAAGGGAAUAAAGGAGUUGAAGCUGGAAAAAGAUAAAAAGGUGUACAAUUACUGCUUUACAGGUACCUCUGUGAUUGACUGGCUGUUGUCAAACAACUCCAUCCGAAAUCGCAGAGAAGGUCUCCUGCUUGCCUCAUCCCUCCUGAGUGAGGGCUACCUCCAGCCUGCUGGGGAUACCUCCAAGGCUGCUGCUGAGGGACUGUCAGACACCCCAUUCUUAGAUCUCAGUGAUGCCUACUAUUACUUCCCAGACAGCGGGUUUUUCUGCGAGGGAAAUUCUAGUGAUGAUGAUGUGGUCCUGAAGGAAGAAUUCAGAGGCAUAGUCGUCAAACAAGGAUGUUUGUUGAAACAGGGUCAUCGGAGGAAGAACUGGAAAGUGAGAAAGUUUGUUUUAAGAGAAGACCCUGCAUAUCUUCACUACUAUGAUCCUGCUGGAGGAGAAGAACCACUAGGAGCAAUUCACUUGAGAGGCUGCAUAGUGACAGCAGUGGAAGACAUGCCAGACUCCAAGAAGUAUGACGUUGACAACAUCCUCUUUGAAAUCAUCACAGCAAAUGAAGUCCAUUACUACUUGCAAGCAGCCUCAUCUGCAGAGCGUACAGAGUGGAUCAAAGCGAUUCAGGCAGUUGCUAGGACUGGAAAAUAAAGAUGAUCUGCCACUGAGAAGACAGACAACUGAAAGUAGUUAACUCAAAACAGGAAUGUUAGCAUUUCACCAAGAGGAAGCAAUGUCAUCUGGAAAGGUGUCCUAAGGCUUGUGGGUUGGGGGUGAGGGCAGGCAGUCAAUUUCAAUUCUAUAGUGGGCACUAACAAACUAACAUUUUUCCACUUGUGUUAUGGUAGUCUUUUACUAAAUUAUAAUGUAGAACAUGCCAUAUUAGUGUGUGCUGCUUAGAGUAAUCAUUCUACCUUGGGAAGGUUGUACCUUAUACCUUUCCCUGCUGCCACAGCUGAUGGCAAGAAUUUCACUAUCAACAGGAGACAGUCAUGUCCCUGACUGUGAGUGAGGAACUCAGCUAGUCAUGUGCCAUUUAGCCUGGUGAGGUAUUUCAAAGUCUUCCCAAGACAAACUUUCUUCUUCUUGCUGCUUGUUCACCUGUACAAGUAAUGCCAUAGAUUUAAGGGAAGAAUUCAACUGCCUUGGAAACCUGAUCCACUCCUUAAUAAUCCUUUAGUGUUAAAUGAAGGGAAGAAUACAGACAACUAUGGAAACACCAUGCAGAACACAGUGACAGCGGUGUGAGGAAAUGUCUCUUCCCACGGUAUUUGAAACAUGAAGCAAUCUGAGUUGAACUUCUUUAUCACCUGAUUUUGUCCUUUGGUAAAUUUGUGCACAAGAAUCUGCUCGAGGACCAUUGUUUCUCUUCAUUUAGGUCUUCAAAGCACUUGCUAGAGUUUCUUGUACUGUUGAUUUGACCUAUAUUUGAAUUAAGAAUCUUCCAGGAGAAGGGAAGGAAUCCAUGGGUUGAUUACUUGAACUACUGAUUGAAGUGGUUUUGUUUGGUUUUUCUUUUUUAACCUUCAGCAACAUACUCUAGUUCUGUGCCUUAGCAAUAUAAGAGAAACCUUAUGCUUGCUGUAAUGGAAAUAAACUAUAUUAUUUGUCAAGGUCA